AUGGCUCUCAGACAUCGCAUCCUGAAGAGCCUGGAGGUGCCUAACCAGGAAGAACGGGAGGCCGACCGGUGGCACAACCAUGACCUAAUGCCUGUCGACCCGCCGCGCAGGACAUGGGGCGCGCGUCAGUUCGUCGAACUCUGGAUUCUUGUGAACAUGAAUAUCGCAGGAUAUCAGACCGGUUCCUCUCUCGUCGCGAGUGGUUUGAAAUGGUGGCAGGCGGUCAUUUGCAUCAUCUUUGGGAACUUACUGGCUGUCACGUUUUGCACACUGAACUCGACUUCUGGGGCGUACUAUCAUAUUGGGUACCCGGCUAUCGUGAGAAUUGCAUGGGGCAUGAAUGGGAGUUACUUCGCGCUCGUGAAUCGGAUCUUGCUCUCCGUCGUCUGGUUCGCUGUGCAGGCAUGGAACGGUGGACUGUGUGUGCUCGUCUGCCUGCGCGCAAUCUUCCCCGGACACAUCGACGCGAUUCCGAACCCGUUCCCCGCCAGCACUGGCAUGGACGGCGCGCAGUUCAUGUGCUAUAUAUUGUUCAUGUUGAUUUGUGUGCCGCUCACGUAUAUCCACCCGCACAAGCUCAAUACGUUCUUCAAGAUCUGCUCGGUCAUCGUGCUCAUCAACCAGAUUGCAAUGCUUAUCUGGGCACUGGCGACGAUGAAGGGCGGGUUGGCAGGAAGCGCACUCACGACGGACGUCGCCCUGAGCAAGACGGAUCUCGCGUGGACUAUUUGCAGUGGCAUAAUGGCGCAGAUUGGGUCUAUCGCUGCUGGUAUCCUUAAUGACAAUGAUUUCACGCGUUUUGCAACAACACCUGAACGGCGGGCGAUUAUUUCGCAAGCUGUCACAUUCCCGUGCACUUCGUUCAUAACGGGUCUGUUCGGGAUACUUAUCACUGCUGCCACAACCGAGCGAUAUGGCGAGGCGAUCUGGAAUCCACCGUUGCUUCUCUUGGCCGCUCAGCAGGCUGGAGGUUCUGGAUCGCGCGCUUCCACGUUUUUCUGCGGGUUUGCGUGGAUCGUCUCACAGAUUGGCAUCAACGUGCCUGGUAAUCUGAUUGCCGGCGGUGUAGAUGUGGCUGCCUUGUUGCCGAGAUAUAUUAAUCUGCGACGGGGAGCGUAUCUUAUUCUUCUCAUUUCGAUCUGUGUCAACCCAUGGCAGCUGCUCAGCACAUCGAGUGUCUUCCUCAAUGUCCUUGGGGCCUACUCCGUCUUCCUCAGCCCAAUGACUGGUUUGAUGGUCAGCCAAUACUACAUGAUCCAGAAGCGCUACUUCAAGAUUUCCGACGUUUACAUCGGCGACAAGCGCUCAAUUUACUGGUACACCUACGGUGUGAACUGGCGUGCCUUCGUCGCGUUCUUUAGUGGCGUCGCACCAUGCAUCACCGGCUUUGUUGGUGCAGUGUCACCCCACACUGUAAGCAAGGCAGCCUCGCGGCUUUACGACAUCAACUACGUGCUCGGGUUCACGAUCGCAUUCCUUAUCAACUGGGCCUUGCACGUCGUGUUCCCCGUUCUUGAGCAGCGCGAAUUCAUAGAGGCGAUGGAGCGCGCGGGCGCUCCGAAGAACCUCGAUGGCUUACAGGCGUUCUUGGCCGAGACCGACAGCAAGUCGAUAGGCGAGAUGUCGCAACCAGAAAAUGUGGACGAGAAGGCGUAG